ACCGGGCGGCGGGCGGGGCGCGGCUCCCGCGCAGGCGCGGCGGCGGCGGCGGCCAUGUCGGUGCAGGAGGACCCGGUGCAGCGGGAGAUCCACCAGGACUGGGCCAACCGCGAGUACAUCGAGGUGAUCACCAGCUCCAUCAAGAAAAUCGCGGACUUCCUCAACUCCUUCGACAUGUCGUGCCGGUCCCGGCUGGCCACCCUGAACGAGAAGCUGACGGCGCUGGAGCGGAGAAUCGAGUACAUCGAAGCCCGGGUCACCAAGGGAGAGACGCUGACAUAGGCCCGGGGCGGCGCCGGCUCCCGCCGCCGGAGCACCGCCGCCCCUCACCCCGCUCGGGGCCCGCCGCCACCGCCGCCGCCUCUGCUCGUGUUGCCAAUAAACCGCUGUGCUCCUGC